AUGAAAACAACAUCGACAACUAUAACAACAAGCACGACAACUGAAGUUGUUUAUGAAUAUUCAAGUUGUAACCCCCCAUAUACCACCGUGACUCAAAAUGGUAUGACACUAAAUCUAACCAAUGUACAUGGACCAGGUUUCUGUCCAAUUCCUGGAGAAUCAACUACCGCUAAUGGGACAUUUAGAUCAUUAAAAGCUAAUGGUUUAGGUUAUAAAUGCAUCUUAAUUUUAAUGCUAUUUUUAGGACUGACAGCUGCAAUAGAUAUUAAUACACCUGGCUACUCGAAUAUCACAUUCGUUGAAAGUGGUGGUGGUAAUUAUACUAUAGACGGUCAACUUUUAAUUUUUAUUGAAUCUGGUAAAAAUGUUACAGAUUAUUUUGAAGAUUAUGCCGGAACUGAUGUUAUCUUAAAAGAUCCUGUAACAACAUUGUUUACACUGAUCUUACCUGGGAUAACUUGGAUUGUAAAUGCAACUGCUCCUAAUGAAUUUGAUAAAAGGAGUGUCGAAAGUUGGGGUUACGAUGGAUGGUAUCAAACCUGGCACCAAAUACAAACAGUUGAUGCUGGAACAUGGUGGUCCUCUUGGUACCCAGUUUCACAUUGUGUAUAUACUGGGUACGAUCCAGCAGGUGCCGAUGUUACUUUUUCUUAUGGUUAUGAAUACACAUGGUCCUUAUCAUGGGGAAUCAGUGCCAGUGUAGGCACAAUUUCAGCCUCCACAGGAUAUUCAAUAAGUAAAUCAAUUUCAAAAAGUGCUGAACUUACAUGUCAUAUCCCAGGAAAUUCAGUUGGUCAAGUAUAUUAUCAGCAAGAGUUAAUGUGGGCAGAUAUUCAAGUUCAAGACUGUAGUCGUCAUGACGGUAAAAUUACUUGUAGUCCAUGGUCCGCUUAUAACAGGAUCAAUGCACCAAUAAAGGGUGAACAAUCCAAUUGGCAUUGGGGCUGUAGUGCAGGAAACGAUAAAGUAGACUGUAAUGCUAACGUUGGCGAUUGGCUUUCGAAAAAGCAUUUUUACAGUGAAUGA